AGGGCGCGGGCCGCGCCGCAGCCGGAGCGGGACCGGGCCCCGCCGCCGCCUCCUUCCGCCGGGCCCGCCGCCGGCCAUGCGUUCUUCCGGCUCCUCUGGCUCCCGCAGCCCCGGCAGGGGCCCGGUCAGCCCGAGGCAGCCGCGAGGGGAGUAGGGCGCCCGCGCGCCCGCUCGCGCCGCGCCUCGUCCGCCGCCGCCGCGUCCAUGACCGCGACCCCUCGGCCGGGGACACCCGCCGCCGCCGCGCAACACCGCGCCUCGGGCCGCCGACCCCCGGCCCCGCCGGCCCCCGCGCUCCACCGCCCGCCGUCCGCGCCCGCUGAGAAAGACAGGAUGAACUCCAACCUGAGAAUGGCUGUGACUUUGGAAGAAGCUCCGUGGUUGGGCUGGAUCUUGGUGAAAGCCCUGAUGAGGUUUGCCUUCAUGGUCGCCAACAACCUGGUUGCUAUUCCAUCUUACAUCUGCUAUGUAAUUGUGCUUCAGCCCCUUCGAAUGCUGAACAGUAAGCGGUUCUGGUAUAUUGAAGGAAUCAUGUACAAAUGGCUUUUAGGAAUGGUGGCUUCCUGGGGAUGGUAUGCUGGAUAUACAGUGAUGGAGUGGGGGGAAGAUAUUAAAGCAAUUUCAAAAGAUGAAGCAGUAAUGUUGGUGAAUCAUCAGGCAACAGGAGACGUGUGCACUCUGAUGAUGUGCCUGCAGGACAAAGGACUGGUUGUUGCUCAAAUGAUGUGGUUGAUGGAUCAUAUUUUUAAGUACACAAACUUUGGAAUUGUUUCUCUAAUUCACGGAGACUUCUUUAUAAGACAGGGAAAAUCUCAUCGUGACCAACAGCUUCUUCUUCUCAAGAAGCACCUGGAAAAUAAUUACAGGAGCAGAGAUCGAAAGUGGAUUGUUCUGUUUCCAGAAGGCGGCUUCCUCAGGAAGAGGCGAGAAACCAGUCAGGCAUUUGCCAAGAAAAACAACUUGCCAUUUCUUACACAUGUCACUCUGCCGAGGAUUGGGGCAACAAAAAUUAUUUUGAGUGCACUUGUAGCACGACAGGAAAAUGGAAGUCCAGUAGGAGGAGAUGCUAAAGAAUUAGACAGCAAAUCAGAAGGCCUCCAGUGGAUAAUAGAUACAACCAUAGCUUAUCCCAAGGCUGAACCCAUAGAUAUUCAAACCUGGAUCCUUGGAUACAGGAAACCAGCAGUCACACAUGUACAUUACAGGAUCUUUCCAGUUAAAGAUGUACCCCUGGAGACUGAUGACCUUGCUGAUUGGCUCUAUCAACGUUUUAUUGAAAAAGAGGACCUCUUGUCACAUUUUUAUGAAACAGGGGCUUUUCCACCUCCCAACGGCCGUAAAGAAGCUGUUUCCAGGGAUAUGACCCUCAGCAACAUGUGGAUAUUUCUCAUACAGUCUUUUGCAUUUUUGUCAGGCUACAUGUGGUACAACAUCUUUCGGUAUUUUUACCAUUGCCUGUUUUAGGAAUUGACUUGAACUUGUCAAGGUCACCACAGGAGUUCAGACUUUCAUAAGCGUGCAUUAUUUUACAUGCGCAAAACAAAAUAUAUAAAAAAAAAGCGAAGGAAAUUCAAUGGAUGGACUAAUAUUUAUCCCCCUUUGGGAUAUUUUAAAACUCUACUAAAAUGAGGAUCAAUAAUAUAAUGACCUGCUAAUGUGUUUUAAGGACUUUUCAUGUUUUCAAAAGAUACACUCUACCACACAUUUAAGCAAACAUCACAUUUGGAGAAGAGGAAAUCAUAAGACCAUCCUAGGAGACUCUCUGAGAGAAAUACCUGAUAAUCUAGUUCAAACUCAGAGCAAGUUGUACGUAUUCGUUCCACUUAGCUAGCCGUCUCUAUUAGGGCAGUGCCGUAGAGCGCGUCAUUUCCCCCAACCUUUGCUGUUCCUAGUGACCUUGCAGGAAGCUGGUUGGCACCUUCUGAAGAACUGUUCCCUGUUGUUUGCAGCGAUGCUGCAGUCCUCAGCAACUCUGUGAGGUUCGUUGUCAAGCAUGCCCUGGGCGGGGAAGCAGUGUCCAUGGGCAUAUUCUGGUACUGGAAUGUGUUCUUUAGAAAGACUAGCUCAGUCCAGUGCCGUGUUUACAUGCGCUAGGGCUUUUCCUUGUAUGAGGUGGGGUCGCUUGAUGUCUCCUCUUGUAUAGAAGGCAUAUCAUAGACUGAUAUUUGUCUUUUACAAAAUGCACUUUUAUCAGAUGCAUCUAUAGCAAAGGAUUAGUAACGUAGCCUGAAAACAAACAUAAGCGUGAACAGUGAGUGGGGCCUCCAGAAGCUGCCUGUCUGCGUGUUCAUCUGUGUGCGGACGCUCUCCAGCACCACCUGCGCUGGGCAUCACAUUGAGGCUUCUGUCCAGAGCAGAGCCUUUUUUCCCCCUCCAUUUUGCAUAUUAGCAUCAAAUGCAUUUGGGAUUGGUUGAAACAAAUUAAUGUAAAACAUUUAAAUGAUCAAUUUAUGGCAAAAUAGGCUAGCUUAUUGGAAAAGUAUGAGCCAGAGCCAGGUACUGGUUUAAAAUGGUGACACGUUCUCCCAUGGCACCCCCAUUACCCAUGUUCCGUUAUCCCGUCAUGGAGCUGCCCAUGUCAGAGCGGUGUAACCAGGAGACAGACCAGCAAAAAGGCUUCCCAGUCUCUUCCGAUUGCUUUUGAAAGGACAAAGUCAGGUUUUUAGUUCUAGAAAACUGUUAUUGUAUUUGUCACUAUGUUCAUGUGGUUUACCUCACAAUAGAACCAAACUCUUCUCAAAAAGUACUGGCGCUGCCUCGGUCCGUCACCUGCGCUCCCAGUGUUAAGAGAGAGGGUAUUUUUGGGUUUGGGACUGUAAGACCAUUUAGAUCCUAGGGAGUCAGUGCUAGUUAGCUGUGAUAGGAGCAUUGUAGAUUCCCCUGUUGUCACUAAUCACACAAAUGACAAUUUUGAGAAGUAGGCCAGAAAAUAAAACUAAAGGCUAUUGUUUUCUAUGUUUAAAUAAACCAAAAAAAAAAAAAAAAAACUGAAAAGAUGUGAAUUUUUCUCCCAGUUAUGUGGGAAAGGCAAAGCAACACCAAAUAAAAGCCCACUGCAGCUUCAUCUUUAGGCUAAUUCAGUGCAUAUAUGAAAGAGAAUGACGUGCUAACUGAAAUACCUCAUUGAAUAUUCCACCACUGCUGGUGGAAUGCAGAAGACAGUGCUAAUGUGUUUGAUUUGGUAACGGUUGUUGUAAGACGCAAUUUUUUUAAAAAUCUGAGCAAUUCGUUAUAUAUCUUACAGUGACAGUAAGUAGGUGAAGCCAGUCUGAAUUGAGAGGUGUGGCCGAUGAUCGGAAGCCAGAUAGAAGCUUAGAGAUGCUUCUGUUUGAGGCCCCGCAAGCACUACUGGACUACAAGAUGAAAUUGUUCAUUUGAGAGGCUAGUCAGCCAUCUGGGGGGUAAGGUGCUCACUGUUGAGUGUGGCCUGCAUACCCCUGGCCAGUAGACCUUUUCCUCAUUGCUAAGCAAGCCACAGGUAGAGUGGCCAGUUCUCCUAUCAAAAAAAAGAAAGAAAGAAAAAAAGAAAAGAAGUGUGUACACGCAUAUGGAAUUGUGGUUUAGGGCCACUUUUGCCAUCACUGUGCUCCAAAGGAACAUGAUACAGUUUAAUACACUGUACACGUUAAGCAGACGAUUCUGUAAGACACUUUACUUUUCAAGCGCGGUCAUUUCAGCUGUCUCUAGAGUGACAAAUAACCAAUAGAGGUGUGAGUCAAUUUUUGAAAAUCGAUCUGUGAGUUGUAAAUAGAUGUGUAUUUGAUCUGCCCUGUCCCUCUUUGAUUCUUUAUCAACAUGUCCUCUGUCUUCUGUUGGCAAAAUAUGUUUGUUUGAGAGCAUUGAUAGUGUUUUCCUUAUCAGUAACUGGAGUUCUCCUGCUUGCACUUGGGGCUGUAAAGAGAGAAUCAGUGUUUUUAUAUGGGAAUCAGGGAAGCAGCAAUAUGCCACUCACUGUACAGAACUGAAUUAAAACUCCUGAUUUGUAUUUGCUUUUCAAAGUGAGAUCAAAGGGUGUUUAGAGAAUAUACAUUUUGUCAAGGGGAAAGAAAAUAAAACUGUGCCAGUUUUAUGCAAGUAGCUUGUAGACUCUCAGCACUUCUUGGGCUCAGCUGAUCUGCCUGGAUUCACACAGCAGAGAGGUUGAAAACUCCCUGCUGGAUCCUGGUCUCAACAAGUCACAGUGACGGAGCAUCUGCUUGGCCACUGGCAGGUGCAGUGACCACAGACGUGACCGCCCCGGCAGUGCACUCUUAACUUCAGAAACUGUUACUGGUAUUGAAAUAUACAGAUAUUGUGGAGAAACCUAUAUGCCAGUGGGAGGUAAAGAAAAAUUACAGCAUGGAAAAUGAUGUUUUGGGUGGGCAUACAAGUUGAGAAUCUAAAUAGUAGAUCUUUUUAAAUAGAUACCUAUGAGUUCAGAUCUGUCAUAUUAUUAAGAAGUUUUUAAUAUUACAGCCAACCCUUAACUUUCCACAGUAAAAGAACUAGAGAUUACUGGAUAAUUAAUCCAGGAAUAAGUCCUAGUAAGCCAAAAAUCGAAUUGUAUUUAGGAAUCUUGAAGUUUUAUUCUCAGCAAAUUUUUUUUCUUCUAAGGAUGCUUAUUAAUUUUUUAAAAAUGAUUUGAGUUGUUUAUUAAUUUUUCUUGCCUAUAUAUUUAUGACUGUUAAUGAGUAGUGAAAAGAUUUGGGAAGACAGCUUCAGGGAGAGGAAACACAAAAGCCUAAAUAAUCCAUGGGCUGGAAAAGGGAUCCAUGAAUAAUCAAGACAGCGGUAUUGUAAUUUUUCUCAAGCCUUUUUGUGAAAAUGAAAUAUUAAGUCACCAAAUGCAAACCUCAGAACAUCACCGUCGCGUUAACGUCGUUUGGAUCAACGUUAAGAAUGCCUCUUUGUUCUUCACUCACGUCACCUGCUUCUUGUAGGUUUGUCUUAGCAACGUUUUUUUUGACAAUCACUUCCCUACAGACUGUUCUGAACUAGUGGGACCUGGUUAUGAUCACAGGAAGUAGACUUUAAUCAUGAAUCAUCUUGUUGGAUUCUUUUUAUAUUUAAGAAGAUGUUGUUUGCAUUACUGAAUAGGAAGAGUUAGUUAUUUUCUUAAUUAUGCAGGACCCCACUCCAGAGUUUCCACUAUGAACAUGUCAGCUCUGGUCCACAGAGGGUGGAUAAAAAUGAUGAGUCCUACUUUUUUGCAAUGUAGUGCUGUGCAUUUUACGUCUGUUAACACGAAAGGCAAGGGCAAAGCUGCCCUGGGCAGAAAAUCUACUGGUUCAUUUUAUGAGGCAAUAGAGACUAGUAUGUUUGGGACCAAAACCACCUAAGUUAGACAUUUCUAGGUCACAGAGGGGCUGGUUGUUCUCUGGAAAAGUCACUGGUUGGUGCUUUAUUGUAAUCAUUUUUGCAUUGAUCCCCAACAAUUAGGAACUGGACCCUGGGAAUAAGCUGAGGGUGCUGAACUAUUGGGGGAGGGUGACUGUAGACACACGGAAGAUAAAAUAAGGGUUUUUCUGCAAAAUUUCCAUUUGAGGAUUUUUACAUUUAAUAUUUUUUUAAAACAGUUAAAAGAGCAAAAAAAAUUUUUAAGUGUAAUCUAGUUGCAAGGUAUACACACAUAUUUUGAAUGGCUUUAUUUUUAUUGUGUAAAACUGUUGAACACAUGACUGUGAUGCACAAAUUCUUUACAUGUAAAGAGUCUAUGCAUUUUACAGUGACUUACUUCAUGACUGAGUAAUGAAACAGUUAUACAUGGACCUGCCAUUGUUGUAUUAAGUGCUUUCAUUUUCUUUACAGUUAUUACAAAGUUGUAUUUAUUUUAUACAGGUGGAUUUUAGUUUUCCUGAUGCCAUAAUGUUUACUUCAGCUUGUUGACCUGUCUCUUUCUUUGUGUAUCUGCAUGUAAUAAUGUAUAAUAAGAAUGAAUGUAAAGGCUGUGGCAACUGUAACUAAAUUUUGUAAAGGGCUGGUCACAUGUGGAUCUGGUUUGUGAAUGCAUUUGGGUUUAUUAUAGUAACCAGACCACCUUUUCAGAAAUAUAGAUGUGAAUGCCAGAAGAAGCAUUUUCUCAACAAAAAUGAAUAGCUGGUUCUAUUUUUUUUAACCUAGAAAAAAAUAAAGUUGAUUUUUUUUCAAGUAAA